UUGGAGUUUUAUUUAUUGAAAUAUCUUCUCAGGGCAGCAUGUCAUACGAUUGGCUCUGGGAGACAGCCAAUCGAAACACUGGGGGGCGUGGCUAUCAGUAAUUUGUAAUUUGCGCCAAACGGCAAUCCCUACGGAGCAACGAGGCGGAGAGGACCACGAGAGUUAAAUAGAGUAAGGGAGAAUCCUUGAAAUAAAGAGACAAUGCAGAAGGUGUGGCUUGAAGGAAUAGCAAAAAAUCUGAGGAAACCCAAAGAUUCUAAAGUAAAUACAGAAGUCCAACUUAUUAAUGGAAAUGAGAAGGAAUUUAUGGACUCCUACAUCACCAAGAUCCAAGAGGAAAGGAAUUAUUUUUUCCAAGCACCUAAGUCCACCAGCAAAGACUAUUAUUUUUAUGCCUGUGAAAGAUCAAAUAAGGCAAAAGGACAAAGCAAAGGGGAGUCCAGUAAAACAAGAGCCAAUUCCUGCCAGGCUUAUGUUUCUUUUAAAAUGGUCAGGGAGGCUGGAUACAAAGCUGUAAUAAUUCGACACAUGUUGGAACAUACAGGACACAAUGUAUCCAAUCCUGAAGAGCUAACGAAGAACCCAGUUGAUCCUGAAUUAUUAGGAUUUGUGGAGAUGUGGCUUAACCAAGGACUGUCAGUAUCCCAAGUUGUGUUAAAAAGUUGUAAUUGGGCACAAAGUCAUGGGCACACAGAUAAGCACAACAGAAGAUACUAUCUCACCCCUAAUGAUGUUAGAUUAGUAAAGCGAAGUUUGCAAUCCAUCAUUUUACCUGAUAUUGAUGAUUCUGUGAGUGUUGACAAGUUGAUCAGCACUGACCUGAAGGAAAACAUUUGUUUUUAUCAACCAAUCACAAAAGAUCAACCUUUGAUCAUAGUAGUUCAAACACCAGCACAGAAGGCUCUUUUGCAAGAAAAUCCCAAUCCCAUGAUUUUCAUGGAUGCGUCCUACAAAGGUUUAACCUCAUAUGGUUAUGCCUUUUAUGCCCUUUUAUUAGUGAAUCAAACAGGAAGAGGAGUUCCUUUUGCCUACUUUAUUGUAAGCCAUGAAUCAUCUGAAACACUGACUGUUUGCUUGAAGAGCCUAUCCUCGUGCAAUCCAGGCUUUUACCCAAGGUCAGUAAUGAUAGAUCGUGACUUAAAAGAACUUGGUGCCAUACGACAGACCUUCCCAAAGACCAAAGUUCUCUUAUGCUGGUUUCAUGUUUUGCAGGCUGUACAUCGCUGGCUGGUGAAAAAAGAUGGAGGAAACCUAUCACCUGCCCAAAGAAACACCGUUAUACAUGCCAUGAUGACAAUGAAAGCCUGCAUGACGGAAGAAGAUUUUGAAAGUGUGUCUGCUUCAAAGUGUAGAGACCUUGAGGCCCAGUUUGGUAGCAGCCGGGUAACCCAUUACCUCAGGGACCAAUGGUUUCCUUUCGCCGCACUCUGGGCAAACUUUGGACGAUUGUUUCAGCACAACAGCAGUGACACCAACAACAAAGCAGAGAGGUACUGGCAUAGAGUAAUCAUACAGAUUCUUCUUCACUAUAAAAUACCAGUUUUUGCGAGGUCAAGCAAACAAACGAGUUGACCAGCUUCUUCAAUUGCUUUGUGGAGAUGUCCAAAAAUAUUACAAUUAUUUGGAUGACCUCAUACAUGCUGGACGACUUAACACUUCUUCAUCAUCAUCAUCAUCAUCAUCAUCUACUUCUGUACCUACUACAAGUAUGCUGGGGGAUGGUCUGCAUGAAAAAAUUCACAUAGGUGAAGAUGGGAGAUGUUCACUGCCAGAAGAUUUCAUGUCAACAGUGUCAGACCCUCGUAUAAUUACAGUUGAUUUAGUCUGGAUGCUCUGUGACUGCAAAACCUAUGACAGAGGCAAUCUGUGCAAGCACACCAUGAUGGCCAAAACUGAGGCACAAAGAAGAGGCAUAAACAUACAAGUUUUACGCAAUAGAGUGGCAAAACAAUAUUUUGACAAUGAUCAGUUCUACAUAGAUGGAGACUGUCUUUCAGUAUACCAUCAUGAUGGCAAUGCCACAUUUGUCUUUAGAGGUGAAUCUGCUUUUUGCACUUGUACUGCCAACAGUUACCAAGAAAAAUGUGUGUGCCUACAUCUUGCGGAUAUCCUUGAAAUUAACAUGACCUCUUCUUGCAUGGCCAUGACUGAAAGUGAGAUUGCCCAUCAGCUGUGUCCUAAACCAAAGCCUACAGUGCAGACCAUGCUGUCAGACUUGCUUGAAUGGAGUCACUCACCAAACUACAAGUACAGCAGAGAACUGCACAAUACAAUCCAGAAAGCACACAAAAUGGCAUUUGCAAACUUUGGAAUAGUUUCUAAGAAACGCAAAAUCUCUGCCCUGCAUGCAUAUCGGCAACGUAUUGAGAAGGCCAAACGUGAAGCUAGAGAGACUUUUAAACCUGUAAGGUCACACAGGUUACGUGUGCGGAACAUAAAGAAGAAAAGUGUGUCAAGAGAGGGAAUUGUGUAACUGUUGGUCACAUUUCUUUUCUCCUUUUCUCAGUGAACACUUUAAAAAUAUGGUGGAUAUACCCUAAUGGUAAUUUAUCAGCUCCAAUGAACAUGUAGGACCACUUUGUUACAGCAAAUUACAUUUGCUGUCAUCCAUCAGUCACAGCAGUUACCUAGUUCUUCAAUACUAAGUAUCCCCAUGUAGCAGGUAUUAUUUGUGUUGUUUUUCAUUCUCAGCAUUGCAGUGACACUUAUGUGUUGCUGGUGUGGGUAGAUCAGACACAGCUGUGCUGUGCUUUUUUUUUUUUUACCUCUUGUGACACUUUGGACUGGUCCACCAACCAAAACUUUUUAGCCAACUGGAAAGCACUGAUGAAGGACUAUAACAAAAAUGGCAGCAAUAAUUGAGCCAUCAUCUCUGACUUUACAACUAGUUAGGUCAAGGUAACUCAACAGAAUGGACAGUGUUUAAAAACUCCACCAAGUGUAUAUUUGGAUGUUGAUUCUUGAUAUGGAUGUUAUAAAUGUAAAUAAAUUGUUGAUUACUUUGUUUUUUAA